AUGUUUCCCAAAAGAUCUUUGGGCCUUGUCGCUCUUUUCAGUCUUACGGCUUCUGCAUUCAAGUCUCAACAUACACAUCAACAUCUUCACCAACGUACCGCGAACGCCACAUCGAGUUCCGCGAACAUUACUCUUGAUCCCUAUGAGUAUGUUGUAGUAGGAAGUGGGCCGGGAGGUGCUCCUGUAGCCGCAAGACUUGCUCUAGCAGGUCAUUCAGUCUUGCUUAUUGAUGCUGGAGAGGACCAUGGAGAUGAUAUUGAGAUGCAAGUUCCUGCAUUGCAUGUUUUGGCUUCAGAGUACGAUCCAAUUCGAUGGGAUUUCUUUGUUCAGCAUUACGCAAAUGAGACCAGACAAGCAAGAGACUCGAAGAUGACGUACCAGACCGCUGACGGAGACUUCUAUGUUGGUCUUGAUCCACCUGAAGGCGCAACUCCUUUGGGAAUCCUUUACCCAAGAACAGGAACACUGGGUGGAUGCGCUGAGCACAAUGCUUUGAUCACCAUCUUGCCCCAAGAAACCGAUUGGCAAUACAUCCAAAACAUAACCGGCGAUGAUUCCUGGGAACCAUCAAAGAUGCGCGAAUACUACAAAAAACUUGAAUCGUGUCACUACCUCAGCACAGAUGUCACAGGCCAUGGUUUUGACGGCUGGUUGCAGACCGAGGUUACCAACCCAGAACUCAUUGUUCAAGACCAAAAGGUUCUUUCGCUCGUUAUUGCCGCAGCUACAACUAUGGGUAAGGGUCUUCUUGGAAGCUUGAUCACCACAGUCACUGGAUUGGCUGAAGUUCUCGCCCUGGAUAUCAACAAUGAUUCUCCAAAUCGUGAUCACGUCGAUGCUUUGUAUCAGGUUCCUCUCGCUAUGAAGUUCCCAGAAUACUCUCGUUCUUCUCCUCGAGACUUUGUCUGGAGCGUUGCAAACGCUACUAACUCGGAUGGAUCCAAGAAAUACAAGUUAGACGUGCAACUCAACACUCUUGUUACCAAGGUCCAAUUCAACACUACUGCCGCUAAACCAAGAGCCACUGGAGUUGAAUUCAUUGUUGGAAAAUCUCUCUAUCGCGCUGAUCCCCGAAGCAAAAACGUAGACGAUUCCGAAGGCACCUACGGAAGUGUUACCGCCACCAAAGAAGUUAUCGUCUCAGGUGGUACAUUCAACACCCCUCAAAUUCUCAAAUUAUCCGGUGUUGGUCCCAAGGCUGAGCUCGAGAAAUUCGGUAUCCCAGUUAUUGUUGAUUUACCCGGUGUCGGUACCAACAUGCAAGAUCGCUACGAAGUUGGUAUUGUCGGAAACUCCACAUCCGACUUCUCCUUACUCAAAGAAUGUACAUUCCUCAAUGGCACUGAUCCCUGUCUCGAACAAUGGGAAACUCUUCCUUUGCUCAAGGGUGGAUACUCUACCAACGGUAUCGCUCUCGCAUAUCCUAAACAUUCCUCCGUUGCAGACGGAGUCCAAGAUCUCUACCUCGGAGGUGUUCCCGCUUACUUCAACGGAUACUUCCCCGGUUACUCCGUACACGCACUCGCAAAGCGCAAUAUCUGGACUUGGUUGACUCUCAAAGCGCACUCGCGCAACAAUGCCGGAACCGUCAAUUUGAGAUCUGCCGAUCCCCGUGAUACCCCCGAGAUCGUGUUCAACUAUUUCGACACCGGUGUUGGCGGCGAUGAGGAUCUCCAGGCUGUAUACGAGGGAAUGAAAUUUGGAAUCGAGGCAUUCGAGAACCUCAUUCCGCUCGAUGGCUCCUUUACCCGUAUCUGGCCAGAUGAGAGCAUUACUUCUGAGGAAGAUCUUAAGCAAUUUGCUCUUGAUGAGGCCUGGGGACAUCACGCAUCGUGUUCUUGUCCUAUUGGAGCUGAUGAUGAUGAAAUGGCAGUCUUGGAUACCAACUUCAAGGUCAGAGGUGUCGAUGGAUUGAGAGUUGUUGAUGCCAGUGUCUUCCCAAAGAUUCCGGGCAUGUACAUUGCACUAUCGAUCUACAUGAUCAGUGAGAAGGCUGCGGAUGUAAUCCUUGCCGAAGCUAGCUCUUGA